AUGUCUGAUGGAAACAAUGAUAAUCCGGUGCAAACAAGCACCGAACAAAUGAAAGAAAUAAUUGCCGAAGAAGUAGGGAAGGGAAUUGAAGGUAGUCUAUCCGGGUUUAUAGACAAAAUUCAAAGCACGGUGUUGUCGCUUGUCGAAGAGCGAGUUAAAAGGUUGGAGGAUAGUGUCAACCUUAUGAAGGAGAAAACGGGAGAUCGUAAAGGGUGCUCAUAUAAAGAAUUUAUGGCGUGCAAACCGCCAAUCUAUAAUGGGGAAGUUGACCCGAUAAUCUGCCAAAGAUGGAUAAGUGACGUCGAAGGAGUGUUUGAACGGACCCAUUGUGACAUAGGUGACUUUGUUGCUUACGGAACGGGUCAAUUGAGGGGUCAAGCCAAAGAUUGGUGGGACAAUAAAAAGAAGGAAAUAGGAGCCGAAGCGGCAAGGGUCAUGACUUGGGAUGAGUUUAAGCUGAGAUUCUGUGACGAGUUAGUCACCACGGAAGAGCAGAAGAUAUACUACUAUUACAACAUGCUGAGUGCUGAAUACCGGGAGUUUAUGACUCCCUCAAAAUAUGAAACUCUCACAGAAAUCAUCAACACCGCCCGGGAGCGGGAAAUCGAGUUAAAGAAACAAGUUGAAAGGGGCAAGCGAAGGGCACAGGAUGUGAAUCCAAGCCCUACAAAGAAAGCUAGAACUGCUGAAUCAGGGAAGAAAGUGGAGACUAAAGGCGGGUCGCCAAGUUGCAAAGUAUGUGGAAAGGGGCACAAAGGUGAGUGCCGCUUCAAAGACAAGCCGUGUCCGGUAUGUGGGAAGACGGGGCACACUGCAUCGCUGUGUCCCGGAAAGGUUUCCGUCUGUUACAAAUGUUAUCAACCCGGCCACAAAAAGUCCGAAUGCCCCGAAUUGGUUGGGAAGAGAGACACAAAAGAGUCUCCAACGGAAGCUCCAAAGGCAAAGGCUAGGUCCUUUCAACUUACUGCGGCUGAAGCAAAGACAGAACCCGAUGUGGUCUCAGAAGUUGAAAUAGGGGACAACAAAAGCUUCAUAGUUUGUGAUAUUUGUCGAAGUUGUAAAUUAAACAUUGAUGAUGAAGAAUACUUAAUAGACCUAAUCCCGAUGUCAAUGGGGGGAUUUCAAGUAGUUGUUGGGAUGGAUUGGCUGUCUCAGCACCACGCGAAGGUCGUGUGUUUCCGUAAGGAAAUAAAGCUAACAUCUCCUAGUGGAAAGCACGUUACAAUUUAUGGCGAAAAGGGAGGCAAUCCUAUAAUAUGCUCAAUGAUGAAAGCUCACAAGCUCAUGAAGCAUGGAUGUAAAGCGUUUAUGAUAUAUGCAAAUGAGCCCGAGAAAGAACUAUCGAAGAUUGGAGACGUACCUGUGGUAUGUGAUUUUGAAGACGUAUUUCCGGACGAUUUACCGGGAAUGCCGCCCGAGCGAGAGGUGGAGUUCGGAAUCGAAUCCGGGCGCAAAACCCGUAGCUAA